AUGCUAUCAGCACCGAUAAACGGCGCGGUAGAGGGACGAACAAUGAAGUGCGUGGUAUUAGUCAAAUUGGGCCGAUUCCUUAGCUGUUAUAUACGACGUCGAUGUUUUAUCGCAUUUUUUAUCAUAUCAGUUUUUCUUCUUAUUCGACAGGGCUUAUUCAGUUCUUCGAAUAAGAAUUUGUUAUCCGAUCAAGAAGUAGCACAGUCAUUUGGUAAUGAUAAUGGGAAACCCAUCGCGGUGGUUUUGGUUAUGGCAGCGAAAAGGGAACGUGCUAUUAAAAAUCAUUUAGAUCAAUUGAUAAAAUUACGACCUUCUGCCGUCCAUUUUCCUAUUGUUAUCAGUCAAGAUGGAGAUAAUCAGGCGGUAAUGGAAGCGAUUUCAUCUUUCACUAGUAGGGAAAAGAAAAUUAGCUAUAUUCAUCAUAAGGAACAAGCAGAAUCUUCUAGUGAUUUAGAUUCUGGUUCUAAAAAUUACUUUCGCAUUGCACAUCAUUACAAAUGGGCUCUUGACAAAAUAUUUUUUGAGAUGAAGUAUGAGAUAGCGAUCAUUACUGAAGAUGAUCUUGAUUUAGCGGAUGAUUUCUUUUCGUAUUUUGCGGCUUCAAAACCAAUAUUACUUACUGAUAAAACGAUUUGGUGUAUCAGUGCAUGGAAUGAUAAUGGAGGUGCUAAUAUUACUGAUCGUAAACAUGGAGAGAAACUUUAUAGAACAGAUUUUUUCCCAGGAUUAGGAUGGAUGCUUACAGCAGAAUUAUGGAAUGAAUUGUCAUCCAGGUGGCCCGAAAUGUACUGGGAUGAUUGGAUGAGACGUCAAGAUGUACGCAAAGAGAGAGUUUGCAUCCGGCCAGAAGUUUCAAGAACCUCUCAUAAUAAUAAUCUGGCAGGAAAAGGUUCCAGUGGUGGAUUGUACAAAAAAUAUCUGGCCUCUAUUCGUUUGCCUGAAACAGCAGUUGAUUUUUCGAAACUGGAUUUAAGCUAUUUGAUCAAAAAUAACUACGACAGUUUAUUGAGUCAAAAAAUGUCACGUGCAUUUGUGUUAUCAGUAGAUGAAUUUUUGGAUGGAUCUUUUUCUGGAUCCGGUCCUUUUUUUAUCACGUAUAAAACACCCCGAGAAUAUCGGCGCCUCGGAAAAUCUAUUGGAUUGAUGCUUGACAUCAGAUCUGGAAUGCCACGAACAGCAUAUUACGGCAUCAUAACUUUCAUAUACAAUUCGGAACGUUUUUAUGCAGCUCCAGAAAAAUUAAAUCUUUCUGCACAUAAUUUUGGUCUGCAGCCUUCAUCUGACUAUUAUAACGAAGAAUGGGAUAAAAUGACUCGCUACCUCGAAUUCCAGGAAACGUACUGCAUACCUACAAAGUAUAAUGGAAAAUGCGACCCGAAGGAUCCAGAUCUUAUUGCAUGGUUUGCGAAAAAAAGGUUAUCAAAAAGACUGAAACAUUGGGGUGAAAUGAUUGUCAACUAA